GCACGUCCGGAAAGAAUGGGGAAGGAGGCAUCCAACGAUGUUAGCGUGGCGAAAGCCACUAAAUAUUACACAGAAGAGGAAAUAAAGCAGCACAACAAACGGGAUGAUAACUGGCUAAUGAUCAAUGGCAAAGUCUACGACCUCAGCCGCUGGGCAAAGAAGCACCCAGGGGGAGCAAAAAUCCUGGGGCACUAUGCUGGAGAAGACGCAACGGAUGCCUGGACUGCAUUUCACAAUGAUAAAGGAUAUGUAUCCAAGUUCAUGAAAGCCCUGUACAUUGGAGAUGUGAAAGACUGGGAUGAUUGUGAAACAGAUCUGAAGAAGGACUUCCGUAAGCUGAGGAAGUAUGCAGAAGACAGUGGUCUGAUGAAGACUAAUCCUGCCUUCUACAUCCUCCAUCUUCUCCACAUUCUAGCCCUAGAGGCCCUAGCCUAUUACGUGGAAUUUUUCUGGAGCUAUUGUGAAUUAUACAUGAAGGAAGUGCUUUUGGCAACUGCACAGGCACAAGCAGGCUGGAGCCAGCAUGAUUAUGGUCACAUGUCUGUCUUCCCCAGUCACAAGAUGAACCAUAUAUUUCAUCACAUUGUUAUAGGGCAUAUCAAGGCUGCCUCAUCUCAUUGGUGGAAUUUCCGUCAUUUUCAGCACCACGCAAAACCAAAUGUUAUAACGAAGGAUCCUGAUAUAGACAUAGCUUACCUCUUCUUGUUAGGAGAUUAUAUACCCAAGUCAUGGGGAAAGAAAAAAUUAGGCUUUAUGCCUUACAACUUUCAACAUAGCUAUUUCUUUUUCUUGGGGCCACCCCUGCUCUUACCUAUUUAUUUCCAUAUAGAAAAUAUCUUCUUUGUUUUCAAGAGACGAGAUUAUGUAGACUUGCUGAUGACAGUGACCUUCUUCUACAAGUUUUUCUGGUUAUAUGGGCCAUACUAUGGAGGAUGGGGAGCGUUUGGACUCUACAUGUUCAUAAGAUUCCUGGAGAGCCAUUGGUUCACCUGGGUGACUCAGAUGAGUCAUCUACCAAUGAGAGUGGAGAAAGAAAAAGAAGACGAUUGGUUUACACUUCAGCUGGCUACCACAUGUAACGUGGACUCCACACCAUUCAAUGACUGGUUCACAGGUCAUCUCAACUUCCAAAUCGAGCAUCAUUUGUUUCCAACUAUGCCAAGGCACAAUUUAGGGAAGAUAGCUCCUCUGGUGAAAUCUUUAUGCAAAAAACACAACAUACCCUACAGGUGUUCACCAUUGUUCACAGCCUUUGGUGAUGUUGUCAGGAUGCUCAAAAAGUCAGGAGAGAUUUGGUAUGAAGCGUACUACCAUGGGUAAAUCAUCGGAAGUCAAUAGCAUAGCAGGGUAAUAUUCUGACUUUAACAGUUUAUCACUCUACAUCAUUAUCUUAAAGUCUGGACUCAACUGACAAUCAUGGACUGUGCUUAACUGUGAUAUUUUCAUGCCGAAGGUCUGUACAGAGUUAUCCUGAUAGAAAUGAUGGAUAUACACAAGUUACGGUCCUUUGGUAGCCAUACACAUGUACCUCUGGCUCUCUUGUUUAUGUCUGUGUGUAAAUUUGAGUUUAUUUGAAUGUUUUUUUAAUAUCUAGUGAAAGAAUAUGAUGUAAGUGAAUCAUAUUUAUCCAUUGUGAAAUUGUGAAUCUAAUUAUUUCAGAAGUAUUUGAAAAAGGCAAGUUUAGCUAUAAAAAUGAAUCCUCUAUUUUUGGUGAACAUGUGCAUCUAAAGUCCAAAUUAAGAUAUAAAUGUUCAAUUUUCUUUUACAUGUACACUGUAUAUGUAUAUGCAGGUUUUAAAAUAGAAAAUGAUAUUCAUAUCGAAUAUACAUGUAUUAUUUUUUGUAAAGUACUUUCUUUCCUUUUCUAGUCAUAAUUUAAAUCAAAAAAAUUUGUUUAUAAUAAGAAACUACUUUAAUAAGUAAUUACGGUUUACUUGUAUUUUAGAAAAUUCAGGCCUU